CAUGGUUAAAAACAAUAUUAUUUGACAAUAAAUCGUCGCCGAAGUGAACCGACCGAUUACGAUUUCAUCAUACUUGAAAUCAUUGACGAAAUUAUCCUGGACAUCUUCUAGACUAUUACACGAGAUUCAUUCAAGACGAGCGAAUUUCGACGCAUCAUAAAUCUCGACGAACCACUUUUCUAUGGUCAGUGGACUGCUGAUCUCCACUCGCUGUGCAAAGUACCCCCAGCCGAACGAAACCGACGCGGAUUUCGACCACGAUGCCACUCUUCAGCACUCUGCAGAUAUGGAAAUAUGUAAGGCCUCCCCCACCGCUAACAUCUACCUCAGCUCCAUCAUCGUCAUCCUCUCCACCACGACCAUCAUCAUCGCCUCUGCCAGCCCCACCACCUACAUCAUCGCCUCUGCCAGCCCCACGACCCUCACCAUCGCCUCUGCCAGCCCCACGACCAUCAUCAUCGCCUCUGCCAGCCCCACCACCAACAUCAUCGCCUCUGCCAGCCCCACGACCAUCAUCAUCGCCUCUGCCAGCCCCACCACCACCAUCGCCCACCCAACCACUGCAUCCCGGACCAGGAAAGAAGAAGAAGCAGAAGAAGAGGACGGACCCUCGAAAACUUCCUCCUCCCACAUCCUCCCAACCACUCCCCCAUACCACCGAGGGUUUGAAUCCCGUUUUCGAUGACCUUUUCUGCCCGGUUUCGGGCUGCCCGGGACCAUCAUCUACUGGAACAGAUGAGUGGAUAGAAUGUUCUUCAUGUCUUUUGUGGUAUCACACCUCUUGUCUUUUUUUGCAGACCAUUCCUGAUGAUGACUGGUUCUGCACAAACUGCCCCCAAACAGACCUCCAAUUAGAUCCCCAAUUAAAAUCAUACAUACCAUCGCCAACAAGUCAGUCUUCUUUAGGCACACAUAGUCAAAUUACACAGUCAAGCCCCUGUACAAAUCCACAAUCACCAAAACCAAUUUCUACAUUAAGUACACCACUUUCAAAUUUUAUAUCUAGUAAGGCAACAUGUACAUCUCUUACGUUAGAGUGGCUAAAUAACAAUAUAGUACCAGGGGGUAUAAUUCAGAAAACAGUAUUGCAUGAUAAAUACAGGCAGGACUCCGUAGACAUUUUCAAACCCUUUAACGAUGCAGAAAUGGGGAAAUUGAUAAAAAACUCAUUUUCAAAUAUUAGGACGAAAAGACUUAGGACAGAACUUCAUGGUGCUUCCAAAUAUCAUUAUGUAGGGAUUCAGUUUAAAUCAGACCACGUUCCAGAAACUGGUUUUGAUUUCCAAUCUAUCAUUUCCUCUCUUAGGCAAAAUUGUCCAACUCUCAAACAAUGUCCCAAGGCUUGUAGGAUUCCUGUAGCCCAAGUUUUAAAAUCCAUCAUAGAUAAGUGUAUAAGUGAAAACACACCAGAGGCAUGGCAUCUUCUUUUGACCUUCCCAUAUAUUACAUUGCAAUGCGACUCAAAGGCAAAUAUCAAGAAUGGUCAAAGCCUUAAUAGCAAAAUACGAAACAACUUAUCUAUCUUUGAAUCUUUGGACAAAAAUACAUAUCAGGAUUAUCUCAUUACUCUUUCUUCAAAAAAUUCAGUCCAUGAUAAAUCAAAAAGCAUCAUUAACGAGAUAGGGCCAAAGGUCAUAUCUAAAGUAUCCGAGGGAAAUAUUCGUGGUGCAAUUCGGCUUUUAACUUCAGAUGAUAUUAUCGCCCCGAAUUCUUCAGAAACUCUGGAAACACUUGUAGAAAAGCACCCACCACAACCUUUAGAUAAUUUUACCGUUUUAGAUGAGCCUAACAUUCCACCUUUUACAACGACAGUAGAACAGGUUAUAUCAGCAAUAUUCUCAUUUCCUAGUGGUUCAGCAGGUGGUUUAGAUGCAUUACGACCACAAGUUCUGAAAGAUUUAGUUUCACAACAUACUGGUGACGUAGGAACUCAAUUGUUAGAAUCUCUUACAAAAUUUUGCAAUUUUAUGUUAGCAGGAAAAGUUCCUUUAGACAUUUGUCCUUUCAUUUACGGUGCAAGUCUUACGGCCCUUAAAAAGAAAUCAGGUGGUAUUAGACCUAUAGCCGUAGGAUGCACUUAUCGUCGAUUAGUUUCCAAAAUUAGUGUCAAGGUCAUGAAUCAUGUCUUUCAAGAUUAUUUUAGUCCAGUCCAAGUAGGUUUCAACGUUAAGAAUGGGGCUGAAGCAGGAGCACAUGCUGCACGUAGAUUCUUUUCCUUUCCACAUGAAUCACCUACAGUCUUCCUUAAAAUAGAUUUCAAAAAUGCUUUUAAUAUGGUAGAUCGAGGGAAAUUGCUUUCAUCCGUUCACGAACUUGUACCAAGUUUGUAUCCUUAUAUUAAUCAGUGCUAUAGAUUCUCAUCCAGCCUUGUCUGGAAUUCUUCUUUAAUUGAAUCAUGUAGAGGUGUUCAACAAGGAGAUCCGUUAGGCCCACCACUUUUCUAUUUAAUCUUGCAUCCAGUCAUUUCAAAUUUAGGGUCAGAAUUUAAUAUGUGGUACUUAGAUGAUGGUACAUUAGGUGGCAAGCCUACUACAGUUUUAGACGAUUUCAAACAUAUUAUCUCGUGUGCAAAUGAAGUAGGUUUAGAAUUGAACUUUGAUAAAUGUGAGGUUUCAUUUUUAGGUCCUCAAACUAACACACAAUGUAUACUAGAAUCUUUCCAAUCAGUUGCACCAGGUAUUUCAUGUAUGACUAAGGAAAAUGCUGAACUUUUAGGUGCACCUUUAACAUAUGAAUCCAUUGAACACGUUUUCCGCAAAAAGAUUAACGCAUUUUCUAAUAUGGCAGGUCGAUUAAACUCCAUUCCCAACCAUAUUGCGUAUUAUCUCUUGAAACAUUCUUUGGCGAUUCCACGUUUAGUAUACCUACUGAGGGCAGCCCCAAUUUUUAAAUCUCCUCACUUGCUAGAAAAAGUUCGAUUCUUUGCUCCAUAA